AUGGCUCGGCCCAUGCAGCUGGCUCCUGGCUCGUUGGCGCUGGUGCUGUGCAGGCAGGAGCCGCAGGAAGGGGCGACGGAGGCUGGCGACACCGAGGAGCCCAGCGGGCGCGCGGUAUUCCGCGCCUUUUGCCGCGCCAACGCGCGCUGCUUCUGGAACGCGCGACUGGCGCGCGCCGCCUCGCGGCUGGCGUUCCAGGGCUGGUUGCAGCGCGGGGUGCUGCUGGUGCACGCGCCCCCCGCUAGCCUGCAGGUGUUGCGCGACGCUUGGCGGCGCCGGGCUCUGCGUCCUCCGCGUGGCUUCCGCAUCAAGGCGGUGGGUGAUGUCUUUCCAGUGCAGAUGAACCUGAUAGCUCAGUCUCAGUUCCUGCCUUUGGCUGAAGUUCUCUGCUGUGCUGUGUCUGAUCUGAAUGCAGCUCAGGUUGUAGUCACUCAGGAGUCACUACGAGAGCAUUUGCUGAGACAGUACCCAGGCAUUGCAGUUCCAUCUCAAGAUAUUCUCUAUGCCACUCUGGGAACUCUGAUUAAAGAAAGAAAGAUUUAUCACACUGGAGAAGGGUACUUCAUAGUUACUCCUCAGACUUACUUUAUCACGAAUACAACCAACCAAGAAAAUAAGAGAGCUCUGUCAGAUGAAAGCCACUCGAUGCCAACUUCUAUUACGUAUCUGGUGAGCAUGGACAACUCUGCAGAAUUAGCCAAAGAAAAUGCUGCCCCCAUUUCCCAUUGUCAGUCUUGCCGGUGUUUUCCUGGUGUGUGUGCUCAGGAUGUACAGGAACCACAAACUGCUGCAGAAGUGAUUGGAAAAGGCCAGAAAGGUCUCGGAGAAUCCAAACUUCUGGUGCAAAAUCAGACAGUUACAGCGUCUGAGGAGAAUCACGUCUGUGAUAGGGCUAAACCUUUGCCAUGUACAAAAGACAGAGAAAAAGGCAAGAAGUUUGGCUUUAGUCUCUUCUGGCGUAAUAUAUCCAGAAAGGAGAAACCCAAAACAGAGCACAGCAGUUUCUCUGCCCAGUUCCCACCUGAAGAAUGGCCUGUCCGAGAUGAAGAUAACUUGGACAAUAUCCCACGAGACGUUGAACAUGAGAUAAUCAAACGAAUUAACCCCAUUCUGACUGUUGACAACUUAAUCAAACACACUGUCCUAAUGCAAAAAUAUGAAGAACAGAAAAAAUAUAAUAGCCAGGGUACUUCCACUGAUAUGCAGAUGGGUAGACACAAAUAUCCUUCAAAAGAGGGAGUUAAGAAAAGGCAGAGUCGAUCUGCAAAGUCUCGAAGGCAGGGUUAUUCUCAUAGAGACAGACACAAUGGCAGGAUUCAGGCAAGUGAGCCUCAGCAGAGAAACGUUAGACAGGAGAAGCACCCCAAACUCCUUGCUACACAGCCCACCCCCAGAAGUGAAAGCCCAAAUGAAGUAGUUCAGGAACCACUUGGUGAGAAUCCAGCAGUGCUUGGUUCCCAUUUGAUUUACAAAAGGAGAAUCAGCAAUCCUUUCCAGGGUUUGCCUCACCGAAGGAACCCAGUGACUAAAGGGCACAAGAGUCAGAAGACCAGUGAUCUGAAACCCAGUCAGAGUGGCCCAAAGGAAAGGACUUUCCAUAGAUCAAGAUCUUUAAAUUCCUCAAGAAGCUUUGACUGUGAAACCAAACAACCAUGUACUGAACAAUGUAAAGAUAAACUGAAAGCAGAAUCAAUUUGUAUGAGUGACUCUGUCAGACCUAUCAGUGAUGACUUCAGAAAUCACCUCCCAGAUGAUCCUCAAUGUAGUGUUUUGCAAAUUGACAGUAAAUGCUGUUCCUUUAGGGAGGGCAUGUCGGAUUAUGAUGUGUAUGUUGGAGAAAACAGGGUCAUCCCUGAAGUCUUGAGGAAAAGUCAUUCUCACUUCGACAAAUUAGGGGAGACAAAAGAAGCGCAGCACAUCCUGCCAUCACAAGAUCCCACCUCUUUAGACCAAGCUUCCUCUGCUUGUGGAUUAGUUGCUACAAUACAACAGUUCCAAAAUCUUGGCCUUUUGCAUUACCCAGUUGGUGUGAACCAUUUGAAACCAACUGAGAGACAAAACAGAGAUUUGGAAGAACUAACAAGAAAGGCAUUUAUCCAGGACACAAACACUGCUCAUCUAGAAAAUGAAAGGCCUUCUGACAAUGACCAGGCCUUGUAUGAGAAUGAAGUGGAAGACAAUGAUGGUGCCUGCAGUUCAUUAUACCUAGAGGAUGAUGACGUAUCAGAGAAUGAUGACUUGUGUCAAACAUUGCCUGGUCAUACUCAGGAUUCCUUUCCAGGUAGACGUAAGUGGGAUCAUUUAGGAAAACAAAAGGUGGUUGAAAGAGCUCUGACUGAGUACAACAGCAAAAUACAUAGGUUUGAGCCUCAGGUGCUUAAUGGCAAGGAACGUUACAAACCCAGCGGGUUGUUCACUAGCCCAGGUGAAAGCCAAAAACCUAAUCUCGCUGCCGAAAGCUGUGGCCUUAAUUCAGGGACCAGGUUUGCUUUUCAUUAUGAAGAGGAACCCAGUGUUGCUGAAUGUGCACAGGCCUCAGCGCUUGCUGAUGGAAGUGUGUUGGGUUACUACAGCACAAGGAAAGCCGGUUCUGAGGCUGAAACCUUGCUAGACUCUGUUGGUGACACAGGAAAGAAACCAGCGACCUGGAGUCAGAGUCCUCAGAAUCAGGAAAUGAGAAGACAUUUCAAACAGAAGUUAGAACACCUCAGUGCUUCACAUAUGCCAGCGUUGUCUCAGGAUAUCCAACAUGAACACAGCCACUUGGAAGGAACAGAAAAUCAUAGCAUGGCAGGCGAUAGUGGAAUAGAUUCUCCUCGGACACAGAGUCUGGCAUCUAAUAAUUCAGUCAUUUUGGAUGGACUUAAAAGAAGAAAGAAUUUUCUGCAGAACUUUGAAGGCACAAAGAACAGUCAAGAAAUCACACCCAAUUCCUUACUACAGCUAACUCCAGUCAUAAAUGUUUAAUUCUUAUUUUUCUUUUGGAAAGUGUUUUUUUUUGGUAAAAAUGUACAGCAUCACUGUAGAAUGUUUUAAUCAACCAAUAUAUAAGGAUCCUCUAAAGCCAAGCAUGUAUGCUAGUAACUUCAUUGCAUACGUUGUUCUAGUUACUUGCUUUUUUCUUUUUUGACAUUUUAAAGCUUUUUUUUUAGUUUAAUUUUACCAUGAAUUUAUUAGGAAUAUAAAAUUUGCAAUAAAAAGAAACAUGGAAUCACUGGACUGUUUCCAGUUCAACAUAACUAAAUUUUCAGGCAUUAGUUUCUCAGAUACACAGAAUGCUACUUUACUCCCCAGUAUUCCCUUUCUCUCUGCCCAUACUACUAGUUCCUAUGUUAAGUUAGUCUCACUGGAUUUGACACAAAUUCCGGAAAAUAGUGUGUUGUAGGGUUGCAUAGAUACUUUGUUUGCAGCUGAAGUCUUUUCUCAUUAUCAGAAAGAAUUCGUAUAGAUGUAUUGGGUACUUUACAAAAAGGGUUCCUUCCAUCCAGUUGUUGCUGCUCAAGAUCUACUCUGCCAACAGCUUGAACAUGAACAAAUUGCUCCACAUUGUGACUGGCAACGUGCAAAAGGCCUGUGGCAGCAGACCUCUGGCUCUACUAUUCCUCUGAUUCCUCCCCACAUUUCAGGCUCAGCAUGGCAAUGAGAAGUCAAGAUAUUCUCAGAUGUUGGAGAUGGAAGGAAGCAGAAUGAUUGCAAAAUAGUUUGUGAAUGAGGAAGGUUCUGGAUUAGACAUUUCAAGGAAAAAAAAAAGAUGGCUGAUAGAAUUUUAGCUUCUGGAGGACAAUGGCAGUUUAUCUACAUUUGAUCUAUUUUUGUUCAUGAUGAGACCUAGAUAGUUUUCCCAGAAUUUUUUUCUGGUAGGUUUUUUUUUCAAACCAAAAGGUGGGUUGGUCAGUUCUCUUGGGCCUGGGGAACAUGGAGCAGUCAAGCAUGUCUUCAGCAUGUUGGGUAGACAACUGAUGCUGACAUAUGGUUAAGGAAGAUUUUUUUUCUAAGAAGUUUCUAAGGAUUGUCAAAGCCUUAGAUCUCAAGGAUCAUUGAACUAUUUGAACAAUGCCCUUCUCCAGAUCUCACCAGCUUGAUAGCAGAGAAGUUCAGAGUGAAGCUUGGCACUGUGGAGAGCUGCAUCCAUGCCCUAUGGGAGUGCCUAGGGGGUGGUUAGACCCACCACACCUUGAGCGGUCAGACCACUCACUGCUGACUAUUGGUUUUCAGUGGGCCAUGAAGAAGAUGAGCAACCCUGUUCAAAGUACCAAGAGGAUAAUCUGGCAUAGGAAAGACUUGUGGGAGGUGGGGAGAUAAAGACUUUUUUAGGGGGUCUUAGAGCUUAGAUUCAGUGCCAGUUAGUGGAAGUUAGGAGAAAAAUUUCAGCUCAGUAUGAAGAACUUCCUAUUAGACCACCGUGCUGGAGAUGAAAUAGGCAGCUUUGUAAAAUAAUGAAUUUCCCAGUAUUUAGGGCAUCCAAGCAGAGGCUUGAUAAUCCCUUGAAGAGGGACUUUAAAUAUUUAGCUUAUCAAAAUGGCUCAGCUAGAUGAUUUUGGAGAUUACUUCCAACUGUAAGAUUUUGUGCUUCUAAGAGCUGAUGAGACUCCUGCGAAAUACUGCGCUCAUGCAAGAUUCUUGAAUAUUGCUUCUACCUGUCCAUUUCUGCACCUGUCCUUGCCAGCCCUUGGAAAAAGGAGCAUCAACAACUCUGUUCCAUCUUGGAUUUUGGACUGGGACAGGUUUCUUAGUAGAGGGAGGAAUCCAAAGUCUUCCGGCUCCAGCCACGUCUAGGUACCAAUGAAAUCCAUCUAAUUUUACCAGCGGCUGCAUAAUGACUCUAGUUAAAUGUAUUAAGUGAAACCUAUUAUGAAACCAAGAAACUUCGUUGGUACAUACUUGACCACAAGUAUUAAAGAUGGGAAUAUGUGUUAUUAAAUUGUUUUUUGGGAGAUUGUUCUCUAAAAUAGGUGACUUGCUUUUUUUUUUUUUCCAGUAUUUUUUUGUGUAGAAACUUUAGUUCUUAAUUUCUCUUCCAUAUUGCAGCCUGUUCUUUAAUGAGAAGACUGUUCUCUUGAGGCAGCACGAUGACCUGAGUAUAGGAGUCAGAUACAAGUUUGAAUCUCAGUUCCAUUCCUUGGUACCUGUAUGAUGGAGCAAAUUACCAAACUUUUUAGUCUUUUUUCUCAUUUGUAAAAGGGAGAUGAGUAAUGAUAUCUACUUUAUAGGAUUGUUGUGAGAUUUGUAGACAAUCUAGCUAAAGGAUCGAAUACAGGAAACAAUAUUGUUAUAAACAUACAUAUUUACAGGACUUGCCCGAUAGGUAAAUACAUGACACACUGGACAGGUUCCUCGUUUAUUGACAGGUUGUCUGAAAUUUCUCCAUUAGUGAUUCAGUCCUUUGGGUAAAGACUAUAGAAAGUAUUCUCAGUCAAAAUCUAGUUAUGCCUGGAGGAGGUUAUGUCUUCAGAUAACAAGUUUUCAGUUAUGUCUUGCUAUUGUUGUUAGGGCCAUCCAGUUGGCUCCGACUUGGCCACCCCGUGUAUAACAGAAGGAAACAUCACCUGUCCCUAAGCCAUCCUCACAGUCGCUGCUGUGUUUGACCCUUUGUUGCAGCCACUGUGUCAGUCCAUCUCGUUGAGGGUCUUCCUCUUGCUGACCCUCUACCAACAUGUGAGAUCCUUUUCAUUCUCUCUCAUCUGGGAUCUCCGACCUCUGGGAAUCCUCAAGAAAGUAACUGUGUUCUGCAAGCUAUUUUCAACAUUUCAAAAAUCCUAAUGGGAAUUGUGCAUUUCCUGUGUCUACAGUUAACUCUUGGCUAACUAAAACAAGUUUCUUUGCCAGUGGCUGAAAUUACAGCUCAGUAAAGCAACACUAAAAGGAGUCCUGGUGGCACAGUGGUUAAGAGGGGAGAUGCUAAUUUAAAGCUCAGCAGCUCAAGCCCACCAGUCCACUCUGCAGAAGAAAGAUGGGGCAGUCUGCUUCCCUAAAGAUUUACAGCCUUGGAAACCCAAUGGGGCAGUUCUACUCUGUCCUACAGGGUUGUUAUGAGUCCUGUGACUCAUGAGUAUAUUGAGUAUAUGAAUAUGAUUUGAAAUCUCGACUUUUUUUUUGUAUCACGCUGAUGUGACACUGUUAAACUAUUUUUAUCUUAUUCAUAGAUUAUAAAAUUACAGUCAGUUAUUAUUAAAUGCAGUUAGUAGAUAAAAUGUCUAAAAAUGUCAGAUCCAUGAGGAAAAAACAAUGCAAAGAGCCCUUAGUAGUGAAAGGAUUGAGAAUCACUGUGUUUCGAGAUCCCAUUUACAGCUAGCUGAGAAAGUUGGGAAGUGGGGAAGAGAGUAAUGAAACAAGAAUAGAGUAUCAAAAAUAAACUCAUGACUUGAGUGCUUUGCUGGCCUUCACACAUCUUUCUCCCAUUUGAUAUCGCAGAAAUGUGUACCCUCUUUAUCAGGAGUAACUUCCAAACAUCUCUUGUGUAAUGGUGCCCUCUUCUGGAGUGACUGCUGUGACUCUGAAAACACCCCCCGCCCCCAUAUAAUAACUACAAACUAAGUAGUGAGACUUCCUUCUAAAGGUUAAACAUUUAAAAAGCUAGUCCAAAUAAUUUGUAUUAGGAUACAUAAGUAUAUAUGUGUAAAUGUGUUCAGGGCUUUUUCCUUUUCAGCCUCAAAACCAUGGGCUAAAGGUAAAAAUGUAAGCACAUCACUGUAGUGCUGUUAACAUCAGCUGAUCCUCCCAGUUUCCCUGCACUAUCAGAGCAAGUUUUGCAAACUGAAGAAACAUGUUUUAGAUUUAGAUUUGAGUCAGCCAAAUUCACAUGGCUAGUAUUGGCAAAAAACAUCCUCUUCCCUCCCCUUUCCCAUCUCUUUCCUUUCGCUGCAGUACUCUCAAUACUUAUUCUGUCCCAUUCUCUGCCCCCAGUGUCUCUUGAUCAAUUCAUAACUACCUCUUAAUUUAUUUCCAUCCCUUAGUAAUGGUUCAAUUCUUCUUGUCACACAAUAUUGACAUGCAGAUUCAAAAGGCUGUAUUUGAUGGCCCUUUUUAACCACCUACUUUCUAACCAUAAAAAUCUAGCCCUGAUUGGAUAGGGGCAAGUUUGGAUACCGUCAGCCUGUUUUUAUACUUUAAAGGUCACAGAGGGACCAAAGGCGAGGGAAUUUUUAUAGAACUUCAGGAUGGAGAGCAACAGACGAGGCACCCAAAUGUUGAAUUUUGAGGGAGAAAUUUUAUCAGUGACUCUGGUAAGAUAUUUGGAAAGUAAAAAUAUUUUAAUAUGAUUGCAUUAUUGAUUACCUGUGCAUUUUAAUUCAUGUUUCUCUUUUCUCCCAGGAAAUCAUCAGAUACAAAUCUGAUACAAAUCUCUUGAGAUUUGUAGGGAGAACACAAAUGAAAGAAAAAAAAUUCUCUUCCAUCUCCAUUCCAAAGUUUUCUAGUCGAUUGAGGCAAGAUACCUAUUGAGAACAUAUAUAUAGUACGGCACCCCUGCUUUUUUUUUCCAGCUAAGCCACUCCUUGGUCAAGUUAUUUAUGAUUUGGUUUAAUUUAUAUGCACUUGCCCUUUCUACUUGACAUAGCAGCCUGAGGUUUGGUGUAGUGAGUUUAGGGCUUAGAAGGCAAGUGUUGUAGUGUGUUUCAAACCACAGAAGGUCAUUUUGAAAAACAUUAAUAUACUUGUUAGCUACUGGAAUAAUAAUAGUCCUUUCCCCUUUCAGACCUGCUGUAUGACCUCCUAAAGAUAAAAGCAAAUGCCACAAAUAGUCCUGAGGAACCAACACUUCAUCUGCAUUUAAUCAUCAACUACAACAUAUUAACAUUUCUUAAUAUCCCAGUUUUAUACCUGUGACCUUCUUCACUACAUCUAUUCCUAUGUACAGCAUACCCUGUUGUAGGGCUACAAAGACAUUAGGGUGGUAGGAUUGGUGUGGGUGUAAAGGGAUGGCAGAAAAGGAUUUAAAAAAAGCACAAAUCUAGAAAUGCAUAGCUGUUAACAUUUAGGGAGACAGAUGCAUUACUUAUUCUACCACCUUUAGCUGAACACUUCUUGUGUUCACAAUAUUGAAUCCAUAAGGUUACAUCUAGAUAAGUAUAUAGCCCUUGACUUCAGGCCCAUUCAUAAUUAUGCAGGUCUGUAGCUUCCACAGAUUUAACAUUUGUAGUUUGAGUUAUUCAGAACUAAUCCCCAAACUUCGUGACGUGUAGUACUUUGUAAUUUUGCUAAGACACAAGUUGGAUGCUCAGGCUAUAAGGCUUGUGUUUUGGAAACUGUCCAAGAGUUUGUGAGAUGCCCCUGCACCUACAUUUCGUUUCUUCUCAGCUCAGUAGUAACUGGGUUGAAGAGAUUAUGAAGAGAUAAAGAAAUGGCUCUGAAAAGAAAGCACCAGCAAAUGUAAGAAAAAGUAUAUGCCUGGGAAGUAACUGUAUUGUCAGGUUUCCAGUUUGUAUAAGGUUGCGGUUGUAUAAAAGGUAGUUAAUCACCAUCAAUAAAAUACAACUUUUUUAUUUCACUAUAAAUGAAUGUAGUUCCUUUGGUGCAGUGUUUGAGAGCUUGGCGGCUAACAGAAAGAUUGGCGGUUUGAAUCCACCAGGCGCUCCUUGGAAUCCCUAUGGGGCAGUUCUACUUUGUCCUAUAGGGUAGCUAUGAAUCGGAAUCUACUCGAUGGCAAUGGAUUUGUUUUUUAUAUAUAAACGAAUAAUCUAUCGAGGACAGUUAGACGUGUUUUCUCUCUAGCAGAAACUGUCAGAUUUCUCCAGUUUUUUUCCUAUUCAUUCCAUGUUUCAUGGGAGCAUCUUUCCCGAAACGCUUUGCGAAACUGAAAGCUUUCAGGCUGGUGCGGCAGAUAAAGCACCGAUCUCGGAUUCAGAUGAGUUCUCUAGUCCUCCCUGUGGCACUCACUGAUUGUGUGGCUUUAGACAAGUAAAUCCCUUUCUCGGGUUUAGUUUCUUCGUCUGUCAAAUGGAGAGUGUGAGGAGGACCUAAAGUGAACGAAGACCAACUUUAUAACUAAAACCGAAGAUUUCAGGGAAGGUUGUCUGGCGCCGGCCUCCACCUCAAGCCCUUCCGUCGGACUCCAGACCCGACGAAGCCCCUCAGCACGAAGGUCGGACCGCUGGCCUCGCGGGAAGCCGUUAGACGUUAACGCCUCACCCCGCAAUGGGCGGGGCCGAGGCCGGCGGCUUCCGGUGGCGAAAGGCUGGGCUGUGCGUGGCGCUUCCCACCGACCCCUGCACUGCGUGCAGACGCCUCGCCAUCACCGUUGAGGGGCUUCCCAGGCCCAGCAGUGCAUGCUGGGAAGCCCCGAGGCCUCUCCUCCGGGCCAAGAAAAAAUUUUCGGGGUUGGGGGGAGGGGAGAAGAAACCGUAUAAUUUUAUGCUAAUCAGGACACCCGUAGUUUAUGGCGAUUGGCCAGGGUUUUGCUUUAGAAGCCAAUCACUUCAGAACGAGGGUGUGCCUGUCUAGAUCUCUCACAGUCAUUGGACGGGAGGUUGCGGUGCAACGGAAGAGCUUAAACGGAGAGUAUCCGGGAUUAUUUCCCCCCGCGGUGCGGUGCGUGUCCCGGAAGUGACGCACGGCUCUGGCUGGGCGGCCGCCCUGCCCCCGCUUCCUUUCACGCUGUCGCUGCCCGUAGGUGGUUGUGGCCACCGUGCCCAGAAGGAGGCGGCGGCGGCGGCGAGUGAUGCCUGGGAAACUCCUCUGGGGGGACAUUAUGGAGCUGGAGGCACCCUUGGAGGAGUCGGAGAGCCAGAGGAAGGAGAGGCAAAAGGU